CCUGGCCGCCGAGCCCGCCUCAGUCCCGGGAGACCAGUUACAGCACGAGAGCCGCGGCAGACCAGGCAGCUGUUUCACAGGUCUCCUUGGGCACUCAAAGCUGAGGAUUACCUCCUGAUCGAGACUGGAACAAGGACCGUGACAGGGAGACCUGAGAAGAAAGGGUGAACCACAGGCCACAGGUCUCCACAUACCAUGUCCCAAGUGAUGUCCAGCCAGGUGCUGAGAGCAGGCCACACUGUCUGUGUAGGCCCUCAAGAGGAGAGCCAGAACGGCUUUCUUCCCACCCGGAGCGCCAACCUAGCUCCCCAGUGUCCGUACUAUACCACUGAAGGCUGGAGGGCCCAGGUUCUGAUGGCCCCCGCGCCAGGUAAGGGACAGCCACUUCCCAGCAGGGGCAACUGUAUCCUGAGCCUCCACCCCACUGGAGCAGGACAGACCACAAUGGCAGCCACCAGGUCCAAUUGCUUCCCACAGCCCAGGGUGCAGCAGGACACAGGCUGGACAGAAGAGUUGGCUUCCUCCAUUGGUUUCUCCCUGGAGAGCCUCAACCAGAUGAUACUUGAGCUUGACCCUAACUUUGAGCUUCUGCCUUCUGGAGCAGACCCGGUCUCAACCCCAAGUGCUACGGUAACAAGGAGCAAAAAGGAAGAGCCUGAAGUUUUGGAUAUCAAGUAUAUUGAGGUGACAUCUGCCAAAUCAAGGUGCCAAGAACCCCCUCAACACUGUGCCAGCCCCUCAGUUAUCCCUUCCUGCGGAUCGCCCCUCAGUGGCGGCCUCCUCCUCUGCAGGGGAGGUGAAAAAAGUGCCAGCAGCGAGAGCCUCAUUUUCUCUGGGAGCCAACGUAGGGGGCAUCACCAACCUCAUCAACCCCCACCCUCUGGGGGAGAGCGAUCAUCUCAUCCCUCCUCCUCCCCCGGUAUCGCCAUUCCCAAGAACGAGAACCCUGGUCUUCAGAGUGAGAGCUUACUCCGAGAAGCUUCUCCAGGCUCAGGAGCUGUUCCAAGGUCCUCCCUGGGGAGCUGGGCCCUGCAGAGGGGCAGCGGGGCUUCUCUGUUGUCCAGCAGCCCAGCCUCUGAUACCAGCUAUGUGUUUGGCAGCAGCCAGUCUCUGCUUCCCACCGGCACCUCCAGCCACCAGCCUGCCUACAAAUACCCAGAAUGUUCUAGAAGCUCUUCUUCCAGCAUCCACAACCCCAGCACCUCAUGUCCCAGUGGGAGACCCAGCUACUUCCACCUUCAGAGCCCUGACUCAGGACUCACACCCCCAGUCUCCACCUUGGCUCAGCCUACAGGCUCACACUCACCUCCACUCCAGAAGGAGCAUGCCAGCAGCUGCCCUCCAUCCAUUGCUAAUUCCAUGGUAGACAUCCCCAUUGUGCUGGUCAAUGGCUGCCCAGCACCAGGCCCUCCCUCCCCACAGCCUUCUCGCCAACAUCAGAGUUUUGUCCGACCCAUGGUUGAAACUCCUGGCAGUCCCUAUGCAGCCCUCAGGAACCACAGCAAGACCCCCUCCGAUAUCUCUCUUGCCUCCUCCCCAGAGGGUUCCAGCAGAGACACUCCACUACCAACCAUGAAAUUUGUAAUGGACACAUCCAAAUACUGGUUUAAACCAAGCAUCACUCGGGAUCAAGCAAUCGAGCUGCUGAGGAUGGAGGAGCCAGGUGCUUUCGUGAUCAGGGACAGCACUUCAUAUCGAGGGUCCUUUGGCCUUGCUAUGAAGAUUCAGGAAUCUCCAACAUCCAUUCAGAGUAGAUCAGGAGCAGACGGCAAUGACCUGGACCUCAUCCGACACUUCCUCAUUGAAUCUUCAGCCAAAGGGGUGCACCUCAAAGGGGCUGGGGAGGAGCCCUACUUUGGCAGCUUAUCGGCCUUUGUAUACCAGCACUGCAUCAUGCCCUUAGCCUUGCCCUGUAAGCUCGUCAUCCCCAGGAAAGAAUUGGGAGGUGGAGAUGGGGCCCCAGAUCCCCCAGCAGACAGCGAGACUUCUCGAUUGAAGAAAUCAGCAAGCUGCCAAGCCCUGUACCUGACCUCUGUGAGUGUGGAGACACUGACUGGGGCCAUGGCCGUGCAGAAGGCCAUCUCCACCAUCUUUGAGAGGGACACUCUCCCUACACCUACUGUGGUCCACGUCAAAGUCACAGACCAGGGCAUCACCCUCACCGAUGUGCAAAGAAAAGUGUUUUUCCGGCGCCAUUAUCCACUUGCCACGCUCCGCUUCUGUGGCAUGGACCCAGAGCAUAGGAAGUGGCAGAAAUAUUGCAAAUCUUCCCGGAUUUUUGGCUUUAUUGCCAAGAGUUUGACAGAGCCUGCAGAAAAUGUGUGCCAUCUCUUUGCCGAAUACGACACUGUCCAGCCAGUCUCCCCACUCAUCGACCUCGUGGGUACCCUGCUUCGGGAUACAGAGAGGAUGUAGGUGCGAUGGGAGGUGUAGAGGCAGGUAGCCAAGGGAUGCCUCAAUCCCUGGCCCAUCUCUGCCUGAUAGAGGAGAGAGGCCAAGGCCCCACUUCUAGAUUAGUCCCUGGGGGUCCAAGUUGCCAUUUCCACAGAAGGCUGAGAAGAAACUGACAAAACUAAUUGUAGAGCUAAAACCCCCCAGAAAUUGACAGAACUGUCCUUGUCAGGGACUGAGCAGGCUGCAAUUCAAAUACUAUGUGCUUAGCCCCUGCACACGGCAGCCCAGACGGCACCGUGCCUGACAUACUUCAAGGAGUGGCUAAACUGCCCCCAGAUCAGCACAUGUUCAGUGAAGACAGCAACAGGAUGGGAAGGGCUGUCUGUGUCAUCUACACUAGCCUGGCUCCAUUCAUCACCCCCAUAAUAUGGAGUCACAGACUCUCGGAGGGGGUUCAUCUAGCCAAUACUAUGCUCGAAGGCUGUUCAGGCCAGCUCUCCUCCCCAACCCCUCAUACACAGCACCACCACCACCACUACCACCCCCCACCUCCUACCCCCAGCUUCUAGAAAAACUGAAAGCCAGGAUCAGAACAUCUUGUCCAGGGAUUCUUACCUGGAGUCAGUGACCUUAGUUUUUCAUUUUAUAUAUAU